AUCCCCUCCCUCCCCUAUAGUCGUAGAGGGCAGUCAGCACAACAGCACCUGGACAGGAGUGUGUCCACCAAAGCCUCUCACUGCUCUGGCUUUUUUUUUUUACAUUUUUAUUAUUUUUACAUUUUUUUUCCUCUCUGCUUAGCUCUCCUCUCUCUCUCUCCAUGAAGAGCAAAAAACUUCAGAAGUGAACUCUGCCUCUGAGCUCAGCCUUGGGAAGAACUAGAAGCCCCAAAUCCCUUCCCCUUGUGUGGAAGUAGUAGAGCCUCCGCUCUGCCUGAACUUUGUAGGUGAUUCUUCUCCUGCUUCAUCCUUCGUUCACUCAACUAGCUGAACAGAGAUUGCCUGGAGGACCUGAGAAUCUUCUUCUAGACAGGGGUGCAAGGAAAUGCUAGAUCUAGUGAUAUCACAGAGCCUGUCUGUGACCGGUGGCUGCAGCGAAAACCUGAAAUUCGCCCCUUCCGACAGCGACUCCUCAUCUCCCGAUGACAUAACAGAUAAGUCAAGGAAAGGAUCUUCCUUCCAGGACUUCUCACAUUCAGGCAGCGGCAAGGAAUCCCAGCUAUUCGCACCUGAAGUGAAUUACCCCAGGCACUACCCCCACAUCGUGUCUCCUCCGUCCAUCCCAGCGAUGGCCACCUAUGGGCAGACACAGUACAGCACAGGAAUACAACAGGCAUCGGCGUACUCCACGUACCCUCCACCAGGACAAGCCUAUGGCAUCCCGUCAUACAGUAUCAAGACAGAGGACAGUUUGAGCCAUUCCCCGGGACAAAGCGGUUUCCUCAGCUACAGUUCGAGUUUCAGUACGCCGCCGCCGGGACAAGCGCCGUACACCUAUCAGAUGCACGGUCCAUCUGGAAUCUAUCAACAAGCGAACAGCCUGACCAAUAGCGGAGCUUUUAGCGGCGUUCACCAGGAAUAUUCUUCAUACCCGGGUUUUAGCCAAAGCCAGUACCCCCAGUAUUACAGCACGACGUACAACUCCCCCUACAUACCCACCAACAGCAUCAGCCCGACCUCCAUAUCCUCCACAACCUACGCCCUGCCAGACGCCUCCCACCACAUCUCCAAUCAGAGCUCAGAAUCUUUGUCAGGAGAAUACCCUUCACACAACGAUCCCUCCACACCAAUCAAAGAUUCUGAAUCUGAGCGGCAGCAAAGGGGCUCCGACGUGAAGUUACGAGGGAGAUCUAAGCGGAAUAAUGACCCCUCCCCAGCGAUGGACAAUGAGAUUGAGCGUGUAUUUGUGUGGGAUUUAGAUGAGACAAUAAUUAUCUUUCACUCGUUACUCACCGGAACAUUCGCCACCCGCUAUGGGAAGGACACAACCGCAGCGGUACGGGUUGGUCUUAUGAUGGAAGAAAUGAUCUUCAACCUUGCUGACAAUCACCUCUUCUUCAAUGACCUGGAGGAAUGUGAUCAGAUCCACAUCGAUGACGUCUCCUCUGACGACAACGGACAAGACUUGAGCACGUACAACUUUUCUGGGGACGGAUUCCACAGCUCGGCGGCCGGGGCCAAUCUCUGCCUGGGGUCCGGCGUCCACGGGGGAGUGGACUGGAUGAGGAAGUUGGCGUUCCGCUACAGAAGAGUGAAAGAGCUGUACGGCACCUACAAAAACAACGUAGGAGGUCUAAUAGGUGCCCCCAAGAGGGAGACGUGGCUCCAGCUGCGGGCGGAGUUGGAGGCCGUGACAGACCUGUGGCUGACGCAUGCGUUGAAAGCUCUGAAUCUCAUCCAUUCCAGACCAAACUGUGUGAACGUGUUGGUCACAACCACCCAGCUGGUGCCGGCCAUCGCCAAAGUCCUGCUGUACGGCUUGGGGACCGUCUUCCCCAUAGAAAAUAUUUAUAGCGCCACCAAGACAGGGAAGGAGUGCUGCUUCGAGAGGAUAAUGCAAAGGUUCGGGAGAAAAGCGGUUUACGUUGUAAUCGGAGACGGCGCAGAAGAGGAACAGGCAGCAAAAAAGCACAACAUGCCAUUCUGGCGGAUCUCUUGCCACGCUGACUUGGAGGCCUUAAGGCACGCCCUCGAGCUGGAGUACUUGUAGCGCCGGCCGCUCAUCCUACAUCGGCCGACCUUGGGCUCAUCCAGGAAAUUUCGGGGCUCGGGACAAGAAGCCAUCCUGUAUACAUCACAUCAGCAAUCCAAUGGACUGACAGCCCCGCCCAGGCCCCGCCCAGGCGGAGCCCCCGCUACCUGGAUUUUCCGCAGUCUGUUUAUUUAAUAAGAUGUUUAUAGUGAAGCUCGGACUCGCGUCCGCCACGUGGGGGGACUGUGUAGAAGCACAAAGACUGAGUAUGAUUGGCCAGACGUACUCCAGGCCGCUCCACCACUCAAAUCACCUACCGCUGGACUGAACUGUCUGGGGCCGACAGAUUAUUUUUUUUUGUAUUUUUGUCUAAUUUAUGGACUUGUCUCGUUUUUUUAUUUUUUAUUUUCACUUCGCUCCUUUUACCUGUCUGAGGGGCGGGGGAGGGUGUACAUGGAUCUUAUUUAAUAAAUCUCUUCUUCGUGGCGAUUGCGAGAUUAGCCGCGUUGUGUACAUGAGUUAAUUCUAUUGUAUAGAUGGGAUGUGGACUCCGCAUGUGUCUGCGCUGUGCCUUACGCCACCAUCUCUGAUUUUUAUAUAUAAAAGCUGUAUGUGGUCCGGCAUUAAAUAAAAACUACGUUUACAUUUUGGGGAACAUAAAA